UCAGCGCUUGUUGCUCAGCUCGGCUGGAGGGGAGCGCAGCCUGCGGCUGGCCAGUGCGCUGGAGGCGGCGGCCAGGUGAGAGCGGGGAGGGGGAAAGGAGACAUGAGCCGGCGCCACGCCUCGCCCAGCGCUAGGAGCAAGGCGGCUGCCGUCCCAGCCAGCUGGCCCUAGCCCCGCGCCCGGGGAGCAGCCGAGCCCUUCUCAGCACGUGGGCAUGGGGAACCAGAUGGAGAAAUUGACCCACUUAAACUACAAGGAAGUUCCCACGGCCGACCCGACGGGCAUGGACAGAGACGAGGGUCCAAGGAUCGGGGUGUCCUACAUCUUUUCCAGUGAUGACGAUGAGCUGGAGCAGCAGCAGCAGGACUCAGUGGCUCAGGAUAUGGGAGGCGAGCACCCUGCACCGCAGCCCUAUGACCCUCGUUUGCAGGAGGUGGAGUGUUCGGUUUAUUAUCGGGAUGAGUGUAUCUACCAGAAGAGCUUCUCUGGGGAUGAUACCGCACCAGACGAGAGGGAUGGAGGAGGUGCAGGGCAGCUGAGCACUUAUACCCCAGAGAAUCUGCUGAACAGAUGUAAACCAGGUGACCUGGUGGAGUUUGUGUGCCAGGCCCAGUACCCACACUGGGCAGUGUAUGUUGGCGAUUUUCAGGUAGUGCACCUGCAUCGGCUGGAGGUGGUGAACAGCUUCUUGACUGAUGCCAGCCAGGGCAGGAGAGGUCGCAUUGCCAACUAUUUGUACCGUUACAAGCCCCUGAGCCCAGCCACGGUGGUGCGGAAUGCCCUGGAGCAGGUGGGCUGCAAGGAUCGGGAGCUGAGCUGGAGGAACUCUGAGUGCUUCGCUGCCUGGUGCCGCUAUGGGAAACGGGAGUUUAAAAUCGGCGGGGAGCUCCGCAUAGGGAAGCAGCCCUACCGGUUGCAGAUCCGGCUAGGGGACAAACGCAGCCACACACUGGAAUUCCAGAGCCUGGAGGAUCUGAUCAUGGAGAAGAGGAGGAAUGACCAGAUUGGUAGAGCUGCUGUGAUCCAGGAGCUCUCCAGCCAUCUGCAAGCUGCAGAGGAGGAAGAGGAGGAGGCUGAUCCAGGUGCCCAGACUGCUGCUGAGUAGUAGCAGCAGUACCAUCAUGCUGCUUGGGCUGGGUGAUGGGGAUUAAAACUGAAGGCUGCGAAAUUGAGCUGUUAUAAGCCCUUUGGGCUGCUUCAGUGCAGCUUCAUUCCAAUCACAUGUGAAAGGAAGGGAGAAAGCUGAUUAAAUGUCUGCGCUUUAGUACUUAACUCCUUCAGUGCUUGGUAAAUCUCUGACUUAUUUGUAAAGGAUAAAACUUGGGGAGAUUCCACCACCCCCAUAUAUUACCUUCAUCCCCAAACCAUCAGCCCCUUGGCUGCCAGCAGGUAUGGAUCUUAAAUGGUGCUGAGUUCUUUCAGUUUCUGCUGAGUUCAGUGGGAGAUGAGGGCAUUCAGCACUAUUAAGAAGGAGCCAGCUUCUUGUAGGAUAGGGUCCUGUCGCUCUCAAGUGCAUGACUGAGUGUCCUAGCUGGGAAAUUCAUUUUCCCCCCACCCCCUUCCCUUGUCUCCUCUCCAUGUAGUUAUCUUGUGGUUGCUGUUAGCAUUACAGCAAGCCAGACCUUUGUGUCUUCACACCCAACCCCCAGUCCUCAAAGGAUUUAAGGGAUAAAUCACGGUUAACUUUGUGAAACAAGGUUUGACAUGCACAGUGUCAUCUUAAUUAAAGUAACUUGCAGACUGGCUGGGGGAAUCCUUGCCUGCCUGUUUGUGUGUGGCUUCCUUUUGUGUACAGUGAGCUAAGUUGUCAUGAUGGGGGUAGGAAAUGACCCAAAGUGGAGGUUUGCUGUGAUCAAGAUUGCUCUCUAUGCAUUGUAAUAUGUUGAAACUUGUCACUAACACCAGACUUGACUGCAUCAGCAUUCUUUAGGGGGCUUGAUCCUGCUCCCACUGAAGUCAAUUGCAAAGUCCCCAUUGAC